CGAGGCAAAACGGGCGAGAGGCACGCGCGCGCGCGGGGAUGGAACGCCGUCGACUUUGACCGCCGACGAGAGAGCUGCGUGCGGCCUGGUUGUUUUUGCUCACAUGCGGCGCGCCCUCUCACUGCCGCGCGGUCAAACCUACCCCUUGCGGCCAGCGGCCAUGUCGUCGUCCACGCCCAUAUAUCCAGCGAGCAACCGGGCCGGCCGGACAUGACAAGCCGCUAGCGUACAGACAGCCCAUUGCUGCAUCCAUCUCGCCAUCGCCAGUAUAGUAGCUGCUUGCAUUGGAGUUUGGACAUGGCCAAUGGUGGAGGGUGCCUCCUGGCGCCGUACCUCUGCGCGGCGCUGGUGUCGCGGCGGCGGCGGGCGGCGCGGCUGGUGCUGUGGGGCGGGGAGUCCCGGGCGGCGCGGCGCGGGAAGCUGGCGGGGCAGGUGAUGCUGGACUUCGCGGGCACCGUGGUGUGCCGCGCCGACGGCUUCUACCUGGGCCGCCCCGCGCCCGUGCUGGCCAUCGAGGACCGGCUCGUCGCCGGCACCACCUACCUCGUGCUCCCCGUGGAGCGCCUCCCGCAGGGCUACGACGCUCUCACCGCGGCGUCCCUCGCCGCGCUUUCCUACGACAGGGCCGCCGGCGGCGGGUCGUCGUGCAUCGCGGGGGGGCCCAAGAGCCCCUUCGAGUACGUCAAGGGCGGCGACGGCCGGACCGUCAUCAAGGUCACGCCGGAGUUCCUCAUCGGGGCCGUCACGUCCAGGGCCGGAUUGGGAUCCAAAGAGCCCGGCGGCGAGGACGCGGAGGCGGCGUGCGCCGGGGCGGCGCUGUGCAGCACCCCCGAGCUGCGGAAGCACUACGAGCAGCUCGUGGGCGCCGCCAGGGGCCGCGCGUGGUCGCCGCGGCUGGACACCAUCAAGGAGCGCAAGGGCAGGAUCAGGGGCUUGGGCGCGGUCAGCCCCGGGAGGCUGUCGCCCGUCGCCGUCAGGCUCCUGGGCCUCGACGCCAACAAGGGGGAAAGAUAGCAGUAGCAGCGCGCGCGGCGGGCCGGGACAGCCACGAGAUGCAAGCUACUUGGGGAAGCUUGCUCGAUCGAUCGCGCCGCCGCUUCUUCGAUCGGUCGUCGCUGGUGAAACGAAGCAAAUUGGAUCCGGAGGGAAGAAGCUGGCGAUGCGCGCGCAGCCCGCAGCAGCAGCUGCUGCUAGACAAUUAUUAGCUGGUAGUUUAGUGCGUCCUAGGCAUUUGGUGAUUUGUACUGUGUGCAGAGCGCAGCUGCAGCAGGCCACUCUCUCUUAGCUUGUUUCGUUGGAGGAAAUUAACUGUGUAUAGAUGUCGAUCUGAACUUGAUGAAUGGAACAUACAUACAGUACAUGUACAGCCAUAGAGCGAGGCAGGCAGGCGGGCAUGUGAGCAUGUCGUCUCUGGGAUCUAGUGGAAUCCCAAGUCGUGGCGUCAUUGAUAGUACCAUCCAUCCAUCGAGCAUUCGAACAGUACUCUGAAGCCAUGCAUCCGAUCGACGCUCCAGUACUACUGUAGCAUAAGUUUUUCUUUCUUCUUUCUUUUGAUGAGAAGAAGAGAGAGGGGACGAGAUGCUAGCUA